UGCAUAGUUAUGUCGGCAACCUUACAGGGAUAGGCGGUUGGAGCGUUCGGCCUCUUCGGCUCUCGCAGUUGCAAACGGAACUUUGGCUAUCAGGGGAUCGUUCACAACGUUCAAACAACUCAGUUGCUUGUCGUUGACCAAUUGACAAGGCUAGCUACUACCGGUAUUGAAGGGUUGCAUAGGAUAGUGCCGCGCAUGUGCGGCUCUUUGCAGCAGCUCCGUUUGACGUCGGGCAGAGAAUGCUCGACGUCUUACUCUCAUUGUUAUAGGCCAUUCCCAACUUCGUUACGGAGAUCGAGCCGGCGAGGGCGGAGUAAUCAACGAGGGGGAUUAGCAAUUUCCUCCAGUAACGAUGCCGCAGCGUUGUAUCCAUCAAAUGAUGAUGGGAUGGCUGGAUCUUCAAAGCCGGAUGUCGAAGCUCCUGUGGUAGAGAGCAUAAGCACAGCGCAUUCGGAGCAGCCCAAGGACCAACCCACGGACGGCCUACCUAAGGUUCCAUGGGGGCUUGGCAAGGUGUUCCAGGUGAUGGCCCUCUGGCUGCUUGCCUACAUCCUCAUCGGCCAGGUGGCCGUACCGCUGGUGCUCAGCCUUCUGGGCCUCGACCGCCCCGAGCUCAGCGUGCGCAGCCACGCUGUGCUGCACCUCUGCCUCGACAUCUCGCAGCUGCUGCUCACGCUGGGCAUCCUGUGGUCCUGCCUCAAGGACUACCAGCCGCGCAAGCUGGGGCUGUUCCCGGUGCGCCUGCGCGGGCGCUGGAUACUGGCGGUGGCGCUGUGCUGCGCGACCUUUCCUGCGGUGGACUGGCUGGCGCAUCAGAGCAUGGGCUGGUUUCCCUCGGAGCUGGACGCCACGUGGGCGAGCAACCUGGAGCACUCGCUGUCGAUCGGGGACUGGGUGACGAAUGUGGCGUAUUUUAGCGUGGUGUCGCUGUGUGCGCCGAUCUGGGAGGAGGCGAUAUUCCGCGGGUUCCUGAUGACGUCGCUGGCGCGGUACAUGCCGACGCCGUACGCGGUGGCGGCCAGCUCGGUGGUGUUUGCCAUGUGCCAUUUCCGCAUGCAGACGUUCCUGCCGCUGCUGGUGUUGGGUGUGGUGUUCUCGCUGGUGUUCAUCCGCACCAACAAUCUCAUCCCGCCGGUGCUGCUGCACA